CUCCAGUAUUAGCUGAUACGUGCUCUGGCUGAUAAGAAUACUAAUUCAACUUUGCUUUUUGUUCUAGAUUUUGUCAACAACGUUUGAAAGAUGACAUGUACAUAAGUCGUUUUAGAUCGUUCGAUCAAGUAAAGUUUCUGAUAGAUUCAAUGCGAUCCGUUAAAUUGACAGUUGAAGGACCAGCCCUUGCAAAUGCAGUGUAUGUGACUGAAGUUCAGGAUGUAAAUACACUUGUAAAAUCGCGAGUGAAACCGAUAUACGGUGAUGCGAUUGCUGUAAACGGCUUCCAUCGAUCAAUACGUUCAAGUACAAGCAAAAAUCACCAUGGCUACGGAAUGUUUUCUGUUUGGCGGUUUCGUGAUAAUUACUACCGCCAUAUGGGUGUACGUGUUGCGCGAACGGCCGUUCGAGUUCUUAGCGUACGCCAUGUUCCUGCCCGGGGCAACUGCCCUUGUGUGGUCGUUCUUCAAGGGGACGCUACGGGAGUUCGUCUGGAUGACUUCCGGUUUGGACCAGCCCGUGUCAAGUAUCGUGUACAGCAUUGUUUCCAUGGUAAUGGUCGUAGCACUCGUGCAAAUGUGUGUGAAAGUAUCCAGCCACAUCGGAUGGGCACAGAAAGUUGAAAUGCGCGCCUCCGCCAUUCACGGUCAUAACCGGAACUACGUCAGUGGGUUCAUGCGCGCGGCGGGGGAGGAAGUGGGCUGGCGCUGCUUCCUGCUGCCUUGCCUCGUGCAGCGCUACUCUACCAACCAGGCUAUACUGAUAUGCGGUGUGUUCUGGGGCUUGUUCCACGUUCCCGUCAUGGUUCUGUUGAUGUCGCUCACGAAGCCACAGCGCCCUCGCACCACCGCCAUCGUGCAAUGUGUCUCGUGUGUAUUCGCUGCGUUCACACAUGGCUGGGUCGCCAUUAAGUCGGGGUAUUCAAUGUGGCCUGCCAGUGUGAUGCAUUGGUUCUGGAACGUUUACAAUCCCACCGUGCUAGGCAGCAUUUACACAAACACCCCUGGUCAUUAUACCGGCGAGCAGUGGAAAAUCAACGGCGAGGGGCUGAUGGGAUGCCUCGUUAUGGCACCGGUUGUAGCGAUCAUAUGCAUAGAACAGAACAACUGGACGUUGUAGAAAUAGUCCGUUAAAAUAAUCGUUAAUUGUUGCAUUUAUUUAUAUAAAAAUGCUUUAAAAGUGUUUCUUUAUAAUAAAUCAAUAUAUUUAAAUUAAACUCCUUCUUACUUGAUAUUACUUUCCUCAUUCGGAUUUUCGUCAUGUAUGUAUGCGUGCGUGCAUGUGCGUGUGUAUGUGACAAAAGAACUUGAUUUUUACAGAUUAUCUCCAACAUUGGGAAGGAAUCUCAAAUAUCAAAUAAUUCAAUUUGUCAACUGUUUCGUUUUAACCAUAUAAACGAUUGUCAUUGUUGAAUCGAAGCACAUGUAGAUGGUAUUUAAAUUUGGUCAUGGUAUUUUCAUGUACAUGUAUAUGAAUUAUUAUGUUUUAAGAGCCGAUAUACGCUUGCUUACAUGUGCAUCAGUAUCGUUCGCUAUAGUUUUAAAAAUUAUAUUGUAUAUUUUUUGCAUUUGUAUGUGAUGAAUGUUUAAGAAAAAAAUCCCAUUUUCUGAUGUCUACAUUUUUCGUUUAAGAAAUAUGUUACACGUUACGUAGGCAUGGCAUGCUUUACCAUCUGUAUGUUUAAAAAUGCGACAGAGUUUAUAUUUCUGAUUUGCAAUAUCACAUAUUAAUCAUGAACUAUUUUAUCAUUUGUCAGUUUGUCUACGCAUUAAGUCCGAGCCUAUAACUGAAUAUGACCAACAUUAACGUUCACAAGAAAGAAGAAAAUGACCCAUACAAAUUAAUUUCGACAUAUAUACAUGCAUGUAUAAACGCAUGAGAAUUUUUGCCCAUCUAAUCAUGUACGGAAGUAAAUAAGAUAACAAAUAUUCACAUAUUCUAUUCUAAACAGCAUUUCUGUAGUUAAACAUAUUCUAAUAGCCAUUAUAAACGUCAACUUGCUA